AUGAUUCGCAACAAGAUAGCUCCAAAACACCAAAAGCUCAUUAGACAGUGUUACCCACCUGGUGCAAAAGGUCUCGAUAAACGUCCAAAUGCGUCUGAAUUAUCUUAUUUGCUAUAUUACGUUUCUACGAGAAGAAUUAAGUUGACGAAGGUUGCAAGCUUCCUUGAAAAAUUGACUCGUGCCGAUGUUGCUAGAGAUCGAUUUGGAAAUGUGCAGGUUACGUUAGAGAUUGUCGAUGCUCUGAUUGAAAGGUGUUAUGAGGAUUUGAAUCUAUUUGCUCCUUAUGUUGUCAGUAUACUACUGGUGGUCCUCCCAAAGGCGGACAUUUCUCUUGCUCAUGUCGCAGGCAAAGUGUUUGCAACAUUCUCCAAAUACCACAAUGGUGAUUUGUUUGCGGGUGACUCGGACUAUGUCAGAGCAUGUCAUGAACUUGUAGUGCAGUUUGUUGGUUUGGCCAGUCGUCACUCUAGCACUUCGUCUGGCAAUCUCCAGUGGGUUCAGGUAUCAAUGGAAGCUGCUAAGUCUGCAGCUUCCUCUGCUGCCCUAGCUACACGGGUGGGGCAGAAUGAAAUCACCACUAUUUUACCACCGGUAUUGAAUACACUAUCGUUGGCACAGGACUCGAAUGGUUCAUCAUUAUUAGCUCUACAGCAGCAAGUCAAUGAGUCUGGAGAGGAGAAUUUUGACGAUGGUGUUACUACAACUAUUAACCGGAGGCAAAGCAUUCUAGUCAUUCCACCAGCUUCAUCUGCAAACCCACAGGUUUCGCAACAAGGUGAUGACGACGAUGACGACGAAGAUGAUGAUGGCGAUGAUGAUGCUAUUGAUUAUGAAGAGGGUAAUACUACUGAUUUUUCUACAUCCAGGGCGGACAUUUCUCUCGAUGAAACGAAUGCCAAUGUGAGCAAAACUACCCAUGCGCAUUCCCUUUCACACAUGGCAUCAAAAACUAAAAAUCUCUUGGGUCAUGCUGGUAGCACAACAGUCAAUGCCGCAUCUAAUGUUUUGACCGGUUUGAGUAAUGGAGCAGAUGAUUCUCUGAAUGUGUCCAAUAGUAGGGUCUCUUUUUCUUCACAUCAAUUUGAAGCUGAAUUGUCGGAAGAUGAAUCAAAUGCCAGUCAAGAAAAUGAUAUUUUGAUUAUUGCUUUGAAAGCACUUGUACAUCUGUUCGACUCUACUGCACUGAUUCAAGUCCGACAUGCCGCUCUCACUGUAGUUGGUUACAUCAUCGAACAUAACUCACCGGUUGCAUGGUCAAAUGUGUUACUUCAAUUAGUCACUACCUGGACCCCAGUUCAAUUGCGUUUUGUCGUUCUAUCUGCACUGGUUGAGAAAUAUGUGAAUCUGAAGACAACUAAUCUGCCUUUGCAGAAAAAGCUAGCCUAUCUCAUCAAGUCUCUGUUAAGUUCGUCUGUUAGCAUGGUUGGAUUGUCAGUCAUGGAUAUUCUUCGAUCUCUUCUUUACCAUCAACAGCGAUUUAUACUUGUUGAGGCAAAACCCGCCGAAGCCACCCAGUUUCAAGCCAUGAUUGACAGUACACGAGAAACCAUUGCAGCUCUUGCCAGUCACAACUAUUACUCUGAUCAAAUUUCAGACAUGAUAGCUGAACUUCUAACGAGAUGUAUCCAUGGUGGCGCUAUAGGGUCGGGUGGCAUUUCUGGUAGUAUUUCUACGCAUUCUGGAGAUCGUGCUGGUACCAAUAAUGGCAGUGGCCAAGCCCCCCAUCCAGAACGUCAGUUGAGUCCUAGAGUGUCUAACACUCUGAUUGUGAAUGAUUUGUUAAAUAUAAGAGAGAUUCUUGAUACAGUUGCUGCCAAUAAGGACUCAUAUAAGGUACGUGUACCUUUAACUGUAUGGGAAGGUACCCAAAGCUUGAUUUCUCACGAUAGCGUUGAUGUUAUAGACAGCUUUACUUCUGUUUUUAUCAAAUACCUCUCAAGUGGCUUGAUAAGCACCGACAAGUCUAGACCAGUUUCCAAGAGCAUGACCUCCGAAAAGGUAAUACUAUACCGGUUCAUUCAAACUUCAUUUAAUGUGCUAAGAGAACCGAGCUGUUCAUCACAAAGUAUCUUGUCUGUAUAUUACAUUCUAGUGGCCUUUAUAAGAAUACUGGGUCUACACAGUGUAGUAUCUAUUUUGCCUAAUAUUUGGUCCCUAGAGGAAGUUGCAUUGAAAUCUGAGCACAAAGAAGUCGGUACUGUCCAAAGAGGAAUCGAGCUUUCAAGUUUAAUCCUUGGGGUCUUGGCUGCAGUUGGACAAGAACUUUCUUUGCAAGACUUUUCUGCAAUUGUUUCUAACUAUAUCAACGAACGCAAGUCUAAUAAUGUUUGGUACGAAGGUAUACAGGUUCCACUAUCUGACUACAAGCAACAAAUUCAGCAGUUGAAUGGCUCUUUGAAUGGUAUCGAUAGCUCUCAUGCUUCUCGAACUUCGCCCAUUGAUCGCCAGUCACUUGCGGAUAAGUUCCUUGCUGAUCCAAAUGUCAUUUCAGCAAAGACUAAAAGCGAGCUUUUUGAGUCUCAACCCCAGCAUGAGUUGAAAGAAGAAAGUACUGAAUAUUCCAAUGGUGCUCUCCAGCUUAGUAAAGCUCGUUCUUUAAGACAGUUGAAAAAAGGGCCACUCUCGAUUAAUUCUGCCAAUUCUGGAAACCGCGGUCCGCUUGUGGUUGGACUGAGGAAGGCGUCUUUUGCCAACAGUAUUGAACAGAAGCGGGACUUUUCCCCCCGUGUAAAUGAUCUCCGAAGAGCUGUGUCGGGUGUGGUGCUUAACGGGGCACUAGGAACCAAUGGAAGACUUCAAGUACCUUCAAAUAGAGAGCGUGCCGGUAGCUCUGCCUCGUCGUUAAGUGCUCAUAGCGCAUCAAGCCACUUUGAAGAUUCGGUAAAGGAUGUUGCUGACUUUAGAGAUCGUGUUGAUCUGAGCAGUUUCUUGGGAUCUCUCAAUAUCAGUCAGAACACCCAACGAGGAAGAUUGACUACCUAG